CCCAACUCUCAUCCCAAGUCCUGACCAUGGCCUGCUGCUCCACUAGCUUCUGUGGAUUUCCCACCUGUGCCACCAGUGGGAACUGUGGCUCCAGCUGCUGCCAGCCCAGCUGUUGCCAGACCAGCUGCUGCCAGCCCAGCUGCUGCCGGACCAGCUGUUGCCAGCCAACCUGCUGCCAGACCAGCUGCUGCCAGCCAACCUGCUGCCAGACCAGCUGCUGCCAGCCAACCUGCUGCCAGACCAGCUGCUGCCAGCCCAGCUGCUGUGGGACCAGCUGUGGCACUGGUGGUGGCCAGGAGGGUGGCUGCGGAGCUGUGAGCUGCCGAGUCAGGUGGUGCCGCCCUGACUGCCGCGUGGAGGAUACCUGCCUGCCCCCCUGCUGCGUGGUGAGCUGCACGCCCCCAACCUGCUGCCAGCUGCACCAUGCCCAGGCCCCCUGCUGCCGCCCAUCCUACUGUGGACAGUCCUGCUGCCGCCCAGCCUGCUGUUGCUACUGCUGCCAGCCCAGCUGCUGCCAGCCCACCUGCUGUGAGCCCACCUGCUAA